AGUUAAGUUGGGGUCAAUUCGUGGUAAGGCCAUUAACAAAAGUAUCUAUGAGAAAUCUUAGUGAGAUUCUCUUCUUUAGUAGUAUAGUAGACCACAUGUCCUUUGUGUUUGUUUUGAAUGGUCAUUGUUGAGGAACGCUUGGGAGGUGUGUGGUCGUGAUUGGCUGUAAAAGUGGCUUCUCGGGCUCGUCUACUGACUUCUUGUCUCUGAUUGGUUUGAGUAAGUGAGCCCCGCCCUGACUGGUAACUUGUCUUCUUACACGCGCAACUUUCGCAAGAACUAAGUAACUUCUUAGUAGUUGAUGGUGGUUUGCAGAAAAAAAACCACCGCAAAGAUGAGGCUCUGUGGAACUUUUCUAGAAAAUGAGUUCCGAGGCAAGCUGCUGAAUCAGAGGUGGACAAGGGGGGAAAAGAUCAGCAGCUGCAGGUCAUCAAGGGGCCUGCAGAGGGCGCACAUCAAAAUGAGCUUGGCCGGCGACGACAAACGAACACGGACACGCUCUAAAGGGACCCGAGUGCCUGUUGAACUCAUAGGACAAGACUUAAGUGGCCUUAGCAGCCCACCGCCCCGUAAGAGGAAGAAUCAGGAGGCGGAGUCAGAGGCAGAGUCAGACCAGAGCCGACCCAACUCCAAAAAGAAGGCCAACCCUCUGAAGCUGGCCUUAGACGAGGGCUACAGCGUGGACAGUGACGGGAGCAGCGAGGAGCCGGAUCCGAGAGAAGAGGAGCAGCAAAGGGAAGAGGAGCAGCGAAGGGAAGAGGAGCAAGCCGAGGCAGGAGAAAGAGCAGCGGAACCAGAGCUUGCCGAAGAAGGACAGCCACCGAUGGAACACCUAAGCGGAGAGAAGUGUAAAGAGGCAGAACCCUCACCUGCUGGAACCUGCGGGGCCGUACUCUCUGGCCAGGGCCACACUGAACAAUACUCCAGCCGUCACGAGAUGGCAGCCAACUCACUGCUUCACCUUGGCCAGGUUGCUGAAGCAUGUGACGCCAACAGCAGGCCCAUGCCCCUCCAGCUACCGCCCCCCCAGGAGAGGGACAGUCAGGAAGUGACUGCGAUGACCGAGGAGAAGGAGGAGGACAUGACACAUUCACCCUUGGCAGACAGGGCAGAUGGGCAAGCUGGGAAGGGUGAGGAGCAAGAAGAGGAAGGCGAUGGAGAGGAAGAGAGUCAACGUGCAGGCCAGAAAGACAACUCAGACCACCAAUACUUCAGUGGCGGCUACUCAAAUGUACCAGGGGACAGAGUGCAGCCUGGGGAGAACCUUGCAGAGGAAGAAGAGGAUGAUGAAGACGAGGAAGAAGGCAAUGAAGAUGGCGAUGGGGAGAACUGUGCUGAGCCUUCUGUUAGCAUCAGUGGUGUGACAACUCCGGGGUCUGAGAUGGUAACACAGGAUAGAGGGGGCCAGCUCCCUUUCGCUGAAGAGGACUACGUUUCCCACAAGGCCAUGCCAUCCAUGGUUAUUGAAGUGCGGUCAGAGGGCUCAGAGAGAGAGGAGGAGGAGGAGGAAGAUGAUGGGGAGGAAGAGGAGGAAGAUGACGACGAGGAUGACGAAGAUGGCGGCCCGUCGCAGCAAUCCGUCCUUUCAGAUGAUAUAGAAAUGUAUGACAUGAGACGGGGUAACCUGGGCCUCCUGGAACAGGCCAUCGCCCUCAAGGCCCAGCAGGGGUCAGACACGCCCAGGCAGGGUCACGGGGACGAGCAGAUGGGCAAACGCACCGACGGCCAGCGCAAGGGUUACUCCUUUGGCAAAGAAAGCUCUCGGGCAGAGAAAAAGGAGGUCAAAUGCCCCACCCCUGGCUGUGAUGGAACGGGUCACGUGACCGGACUGUAUCCCCACCACCGCAGUCUGUCUGGCUGCCCCCACAAAGACAGGAUACCCCCAGAGAUCCUGGCCAUGCAUGAGAAUGUGCUGAAGUGUCCAACGCCUGGCUGCACAGGACAGGGACACGUCAACAGCAACCGCAACACCCACCGGAGUCUGUCAGGGUGCCCCAUUGCAGCAGCAGAGAAGCUGUCCAAAACUCAUGAGAAACAGGUGACACCCCAACCCGCAGGGAGCCCUCAUUCGGACAGGGUCCUCAGGCCAAUGUGCUUUGUAAAGCAACUGGAGAUCCCCCAGUAUGGCAGCUACAGGCCCAGCACUCUCCCCGCCACCCCUCGGGCCAACCUGGCCAAGGAGUUGGAGAAGUACUCCAAGGUCUCCUUUGACUACGCCAGCUUCGACGUCCAGGUCUUCGGGAAACGGAUGCUCGCUCCGAAGCUGCAGCCAGGAGAGAUGUCACCGAAGGCACUGAAAUCCAAACCGUCUCCCAGCCACAGCCUACCGGGCGGCUACGCCAAGUCCUCCUCGUCCUCUUCUUCCUCCUCCAGUGGGUAUGACUACUCUCACGAUGCAGAGGCUGCGCACAUGGCCGCCACAGCUAUCCUCAACCUGUCCACACGCUGCUGGGAGAUGCCGGAGAACCUCAGCACCAAGCAGCAGGAUGCCGUCGGCCAGAGCAUGGACAUCGAGGUGGAUGAGAAUGGCACGUUGGACCUGAGCAUGAAGAAGCCUGUCAAGAAAGAGGGCUCCAGUCCUGGGGUGCUGUCCCCAGAGCCUUCCUCCUCUUCCUCAUCCUCCUCCUCACAGACCCCAGGCAGUAGUGGAAUAAACGCUUCGUCUCACUCAGGACACACCCACAAGCAGGAGGAGUGGGAGGGGCCUCUGGACUAUACCACACCCAAUCGCCAACGAGAGGAGGAGACAGAGGAGGCACAGCAGGCCGAGCAGUCUGAAGCUGCAUCAGAUGACGAUGAGCACGAGAUGAUGGAGGACAGCCUGGAAGACAGGAAGUACCCCGGCGAGGUCACCACACCCACCUUCAAGGUCAAAUUCCAGCCCAAGGACAACAAGAAAGACAUUUUGCUGUGUCCCACUCCAGGCUGUGAUGGAAGUGGUCACAUCACUGGAAACUAUGCAUCUCACCGCAGCCUGUCUGGCUGUCCUCUUGCUGAUAAGAGUCUGCGGACCCUCAUGGCAGCCCACUCUGCUGAACUCAAGUGCCCCACUCCAGGAUGCGAUGGUUCAGGUCACAUCACAGGAAAUUAUGCCUCCCACAGAAGUCUGUCUGGGUGUCCACGUGCUAAGAAAGGAGGGAUGAAGACCACACCAACCAAGGAUGACAAGGAAGACUCGGAGCUUAUUAAAUGCCCAGUGCCAGGCUGCGACAGUCUGGGCCACAUCAGCGGCAAGUACGCCACCCAUCGCAGCGCCUACGGUUGCCCUCUGGCGGCGCGUCGGCAGAAGGACGGCAUACUCAACGGCUCCCCCUUCUCGUGGAAGUCUUUCAAGACCGACGGCCCCACCUGCCCCACCCCAGGCUGCGAUGGCUCGGGACACGCCAACGGGAGCUUCCUCACCCACCGCAGCCUCUCUGGCUGUCCCAGGGCAUCCCUAGCCAAGAAGAAGGCCAAAUGUCCAGGAGAGGAGUACCUAAGCACCAAGUUCCGCUCCAGCGAUGUUCUGGAUAAUGAUGAGGAUAUCAAACAGUUGAACAAAGAGAUCAAUGAGCUGAACGAAUCCAAUAACGAGAUGGAGGCGGACAUGGUCAACCUUCACACGCAGAUCUCCUCCAUGGAGAAGAACCUGAAAAACAUGGAGGAGGAGAACAAGGCUAUCGAGGAGCAGAACGAGGCACUCUUUGUGGAACUGUCAGGCCUCAGCCAGGCGCUGAUCCGCAGCCUCGCCCACAUCCGACUCCCCCACAUGCAGGAGCCAAUCACAGAGCAGAAUUUUGACACCUAUGUGGACAGACUGAUGGAUAUAUACACCAACAAGGAGUGCUACCAGAACCCUGACAACAAGGCUUUGCUGGAGACCAUAAACCAGGCUGUGAAAGGGAUCAAGGUCUAGAGAAUAUGACAAGGAAAUGAGAGAGAGUGAGAGAGACAAGGUAUGGGAUACACAGAUGGCCAAAUGGCAAAUAAAAAAGGGCAUUCAGGUUAUAUAUGCGACUGUAGAAUUCCUCCAAAGUUAAAGAGCAUUCUGAGAGAGAAUUAAAUACAAAAAAACCCAACAGGACCAAAAUCCAUACUUGCUGCUCUUCAUUUUCAGGGGCUUGGCGGAACAAACCAAAUUUUUCUCUUUUUCAGUUUCAAAUGUUAUUUUCUCUUCCACAACUUUUUGAGGAGAUGGUUUGUCAAGAACAAAGCGCGCAGACCUGAUGCAGGAUAUGGGAUUUAGCCUUACAGACAAAGAGGACUACAUAUCACGCCCCAGCUCGUCGGAUUGGGUGGGAGCAGAAACCCAGCACUCUCAGAUUUAGGAUCUUAUGCCCUUGAUGUAGCUGCGGUGCACAGCAGCUUCCUUUCCGCCACACUUACACGAAGACCUCCAGCGUAGCGUUUGGCCUCAACAGACUCAAUGACAUGCACCUCGGCCUUAAACUCCUCAUUUACCUGCCUGUCUGUGCUGCCUCUUUGUAGCUCUCUUCCACACCGUAGCGGCGUUCCUGCAUUUUGGG